AUGUCUUCAAUAGCAUUAGUCUUAAUUCUAGUCAUCGUACCAAGUUACUGCCAGCGUCCUUCUUUUGCUGGAAAUCGACCAAUCGGAUACCCCGUUAUUGAAUCAGGAUUUGAAGAUGAUUUGGGAUUUGAAACACUUCCAGCGCAACUGAAUGGCAACUCUGAAUAUGCGAAACAGCUGGAUUCACUACCAGUGGAAAAUCAACCAUUUUUUUAUGUGAAUAAAGAGCAUGUUGCGGCAUAUCUAAAAAAUCCACAAGUUUACCCUCAAAGACCGAGUGGUUACAAUGAAAAUUUUAGGGGUUUUACAGUAAUAAAACAUAAUGCAAAGUAUCAAAAAUAUCAACGUUAG